UCGAAAAGAAAGGGGGAGAGAGACAGAGAGAGUGAGAGGAAAACAGAGUUUGCUGUUCACUGAACUUACGGAUAUUUGUAGAUUUUGAGUUUCGUCCGCAUUUAUAGAUUUUUCUUUCACUGAUCCUGACUUCGGCAACGAUAUCAUCUUAUUCUCUGGUUGACAAUCAUUACUUACGGAAGGGCCAAAAUGAGAUUCAAUGCAUUGCUCGUAGCAUGCACUUAUUGCAGCUUAUUAAUAGCUGCCGCAGCUGCUGUAGACCCGAUUGUAUGUUCAACUUCCGCGAAAGCAGGCAAACCGCUUCCUACCUUACCAAAGGCAUAUUCAAUUCGGCUUGAAGUUAACGAAAUUACAAACAACAGGACAGUUGAAAUACACGCCCAUGUGGAUGAUCGCAUAGAGAAAGUAGCUGUGAAAGUAACUUCCGAAUUAUCGUCGACCUUCAGUAUUUUUGACUUCAAUAUCAGCCAACUCAUUAUUACAGAAUCUGUGAAGGAUGACGACAUAAACAACUGUAAUGUUGAAAAGAUCACUGGGGAUGAUGUGUUAGCAAUCUUUCGCCACCUUUUCAAGCUCAGUAAACUAAACCCAGCAAACAUACCUAAAAAGUACAACGAUAAUCUUAAGUAUAUAGGCUCUUAUAACGUGCACGGUGAAAUAGUUGAGGGCUGGGAAGUAUGUGAUACCAUCAAUAAAGAAACCAAUAAAGCAACUUUAUAUUACUCAGCUGAUGGCUGGAUUACAGCCUCAGGAGUGAAACAUGUUCCCGUCCGUUUGCACUUGAUAAGCCAAACAACUCAAAAUAAUAAAUUAAUCAAUAAUGAAUACUUGAUUGAAUUCUCUGAUUAUAAUCCUACACCCCCCGACUAUAAAAUCUUUGAGAUACCCAAGGAAACUUAUUGUAAGGGAUCUGCUUACAAAAAAGACUUGCCAAAAAUAAGGACUGCUUUUUCAUGUGGACUAGAGCGAAUCGAUCUGGGAGCACAAUACCCAGUAAGAAUAAACCAAUAUGAAUAUUAUGAUUUCCAGAAAAAGUUAUUUCGACUAGAUUAUUUUGAAAAUAUUAAGGGAAAUCCCGGCUACCUUGGAGGUCAAUUAACACAGAUCCAUGAUUACAACACAGACACUGCCUACAUCAUCAGCAAAAAUAAUAUCAAAUGCGAAAUGAAAUCUAUUGAAGAAAUAUCUGAUUUGUACAGAGAGAUAGAUGAUGCUAAAAACAGACUGAAGAACAGCCAGGAAAUGUUACAGUUGGAUAAAUUCAAAUAUAUUUAUGAAGGACAGAGAACAGUACGUGGUAUUUUGUGUGACGUGUGGAUUGCACAUAGAGACGACUACCCACUACCAAAAUCAUCUUUGUCCGUAUGGGAAUGGUAUUUCGCUUCGGAUGACGCCGUUUUAGACAUUGGGGAGAGAGAAGAGACCAAUUUCCCUGUGAGAUUAGAGAUAAAACAUGAUGAGAGUAACACGUAUGCUGUUCUAAACAUCUACAACUAUGAUGAAGACUUUCAACUGUACUCCACCUUUGAUAUCGACAAGUGUUUCGGAGUGAAUAACAGAUUAGAUUACAGUUUUGAAAUUAUCGGCUCUUAUGAUUCCAUUGUUAAUGAAGAUGAAGAAACAUUGAAAUACGAAAUUAGAUUCAGCUUGUCUGAAAUUGGUAAAAUGUCACCCCUCAGAAUUUCAAAUAUCCAGAUUGAUGAAGGUGAGAAUACAGUGGUUGCAUCGUUUUCUCUGCUUGAUGUGCCGCCAGGAAAUAAAGGAAACGAAACCGAUUUACAUACAGCUGCCGCGAAAUUAGUGAACGAAAUCAGUAACAAUGAGCUCGUUAUUACAAGAACCGAUAACUCGAAGUUGAAAACCAAACUGAACUCUUUCAAAAAGGUUAUAAGUCUGACCGCGGAUACUACCAGUGGAUAUUCUCCAGGUUCCAUGGCUGGAAUUGGUAUUGGUAUGUUGCUAGUUGGAAGUUUAAUUGGUUACGUGGUUGGCAAAUUUAUUGUGAAGAGGAAAAAAGAAGCAGCUUUUAAAGGAAUGAGGUUUGAAAAUUUGGAAAAGUAACUGAAUUUUGUCGAAUAUGACAGAUAAAAGUUAUUUUGAGAAACGGAAGCCUUUCAAAGCAGAGGGAGUGUAUAUACGUUUAUCAAUUUGUGUUGCAAGAUUUCUGAUGUGAGAAUGUGUGUUGAAACAGAUAUUGUUGUAUUUCGGGACGGUCAUUUUUUUUUUUUUUGCCAAAUAAACACAUGCACUAUAUAUUUCUAUUCUUCACUCGUUUAUUACUGUUCUUAUUUUUUGUAUUAUAUUCUAACUCAUGUCCAUUAUCCAGAAAUCUUUCGUCCCACAUUUGUGUCCUUUUCAGCGAUCACGAAAACGAAAAGUGUUUCGCAGAAGAGGUCACAGAUGUGUGACGAAAGAUUUCCGGAUAAAUGGACAGGAAUUAAAAUAGAAAAAAAAUUAAGAACAGUAAUAAACGAG